AACAGUUUUCAGCAUUAAUGAACUGCAAAUCAACAAGGCAUUUCAAAGAGGAAAGUCAGACACCGACCACAGGCUGCUGCUCUGUGAAAGUUCGGCUGAAAGCGAGCUCAGCCCCGCUGCUUCAGGUUUCUCACAGGGUUAAAGAGGAAGCAGUUCCGCCCUCAGAAGCUGCUCAGGGCUGAGAUAGAAGACAAACAGAAAGAAUAGGGAAGAGCCCAGCACCCGAGCUGUUUCUGUCUUAACUCAAUCAAGACGAAACUACGUCCUAAACUACACCGCAAUACUUCGGAGGACUUUGGUACUCAGGUGUGGCUCUGUCCGUUAACACGUCGUCGGAGAGGGAAAAAAAAAACAAAACAUGCGCAUGAUAAGUUUGAGUCUGAAACUGUGGUGAUAGAAGUGCCGUGUGUCCGUGUUUGAAGCUCCGGUUAACGCUACAGGGGCUGGGGGGAUUUUGUUUUGGGCUUUUUGGGCGAGACCUGGUGAAUCAGACCUUGAAACGCUUUUUAAUUUUCAAAGAAAGUUUCCCCAUCAGGAAUGAGUGGGGAAGAAGAGAGAUUCAAACUGGUGGUAGUGGGAGGAGGUGGAGUGGGGAAGAGCGCCCUGACCAUCCAGUUCAUCCAGUCCUACUUUGUGUCAGACUACGACCCCACCAUUGAAGACUCCUACACCAAGGUGUGCACUGUGGAUGGGAAGGAGACUCGGCUAGACAUUCUAGAUACAGCAGGCCAGGAGGAGUUUGGUGCCAUGAGGGAGCAGUACAUGCGCUCUGGAGAAGGCUUCUUACUGGUGUUUGCUCUCAACGACCGGAGCAGUUUUCAUGAGGUCCAGAAGUUCCACACCCAGAUCCUGAGGGUAAAGGACCGAGACGACUUUCCCAUGGUGCUGGUUGGAAACAAGGCUGACCUGGAGCAGCAUAGAGUGAUCUCCAGGGAGGAUGCUCAGGCGUUUGCCAUAGAGAACAAGAUUCACUACAUGGAAGCUUCUGCCAAGAAUCGCUACAAUGUGGAUGAAGCUUUCAUGGAGCUGGUGCAGAUCAUCAGACGGUUUCAGGAGAUGGAGAGUCCUCCUCCUCCAACUCAACAAACUGGGAAACAGAACAGUCGUGGCUGUCCCUGUGUCAUCCUGUAGGCAUCGUUACUAUGGACACCAAACCCUCAUCCCACUUGAGCUUGUACAAAGAAAUGUGUGUGUGCGUGUGUGUGUGUGUGCGUGUCAGAGUGAGUGACAGAUAAGGUCUAUCAACCAACCUUCCAGAACAUUUUCUUUUCCAUUUUCCAAAACCUAUUUUUUGUUCAGCCUAUAAUUUUUUGUAUUAUUUUUACGAGAAGAAUGUAAAGACAAGGUUGUCUACAGCAGCAGAUAGAGAAACAGGAAGUGAAACUUCUCACAUCAGAGCCUGAUGUACAGAAGAAGAGCUGCCUCAUCAUUCUAUGACAGACUGCAUUCUGAAAGCAGACCCUGGGUGUAGAUUUUAGUCAGAAAGCAUUUCACAUUUUUGUGCAAUGUGGCACGCCCUAAACUAGUCAUGGGCUGUUCUGUCAUCUCCCAGGACUUCCUAAGGGGGGCAGCAGAGCCUGACGGCAGAAAUAACAUGCCUGAUUCGUAGUGUGCUUAUGCUUUGAGUUCUGUCUACAGUUUGGGUGGAGGUUAUCACCAGUAGCCAUAGCAACUAUAAAUACUGUGGCUUCUCUGCUCUGAUCAUAUCUAAAGUAUUUCACCUGGUGUUUUUGCAAUGCAUGGCCCACAUAUGUUUGGUGCUUUAGUGGGGAAAUCAUGUUUUUAUGAAAUAUUACAUAGACUUCAGCUGGAUGCAGUAUUUCUUAACCCUGUUGCGCCGGAUUUUCGAGCGUCUGCCUAAAUAAAUCUUCCUUAUUUUAAUUGUAAGUAGUUCUUUAAAUGUCCAGUGAGAUUAUAUACUUACCCUGGUAUCCAUAACAACCGGAACUUUCAAUA